AUCAUUAAUCAAGAAAGUAAAAAAUUUCAUGUAAAUUAAAAAAAUGGAUGCAGUCCACAUUAUGGCAUAUUCAAUGUUUAGAACACGUACUAGGUUCAGAUAAGAUCUCUAAGUUUUAUCAACGAACCUAACCUCUGUAAUAGUUACAUUUAGAGAGGAAAACAAAUUGUGUAUGCACAGAGACAAGAAAUGUGACAGAAAUCAGGAUGCUUUCAAAAGAAAAUCCGGAAAAUAGAACAUCAAUAGUAAAUGGUGGAGGAAUCCCACCACUUGUACAACUACUGUCCUAUCCAGAUUCAAGAAUUCAGGAACAUGCAGUGACGACGCUUUUGAACUUAUCGAUUGACGAGACAAAUAAGAGACUUAUAUCUGAGGAAAAACCUAUCCCAUCCAUAAUUGAGAUACUGAAGAAUGGAAAUCUUGGUGCUAAAGAGAACUCUGCCGCAGCAUUGUUUAGCUUAUCUAUGAUGGAUGAAAAUAAACAAACUAUAGGUUCAUUUAACGGCACCCCACCAUUGAUAGAUUUGUUAAUAAAUGGGACAAUCAGAGGUAAGAAGGAUGUAAUAACUGCACUCUUCAAUCUGUGUUUUAUUGAGCAGAAUGUGAGCUUGGCGACUAAAGCUGGGAUUGUAGCACCGUUGUUUCAAUUAUUAGAGAACAAAAACUUAGACAUGGUUGAUGAGGCCCUGUCUAUACAGUUACUUAUUGCAACACAUCAAGAUGGAAGGCAAGAAAUGGGAAAACUUUCUUUCAUUGAAACACUAGUUAAUCUGAUCAGAGAUGGCACUCCAAAGAACAAGGAAUUUACAGUGGCUAUGCUUCAUAGGUUAAGCCUACACAAUUCAAAUCUUAUGCUCGCAGCGCUUUAGUAUGGUGUAUAUGAGCACUUAGUCCAGAUUGCUGAGAGUGGGACUGAUAGGUGCCAAAGAAAAGUUAAAUCUAUACUACAGCUUAUGAGUAAACCAGAGCAGAUUCCAUGACAAUCCAAGCCAAAAUGUACAUGUAAGAUACAACCAUGUAGUCUACCACAUACUAGUGAUUAGUUGUUCUUGUAUACUUUUGUAAGAAUUCAAUUUUUUUCUUUUUCCCUUCUUGGAUAGUUUAGGAUAGUAAAUUCUGUUUAGUUUAUGUUAAUACAUGAUCUCUUUUCCUAUUAAAAAAAAAAAAGAAAUGUGAGAGUUGACACCUUUUAAUGAUCCAGACCCUAGUAUAAGUAUCAAUGACAUGAAAUUACAAGGAAUGGGCAGACAACACUGGAAAUUCACGACACAACUGCCCAGUUUUUGGAUAGAGUUAAUCAUGUGCGACUGGACUUAUUGGCAGGCAAAAGAGGGACUAAAGACUGCAUUGAGGAGUCAAUCCUCUGUGUAUCUCACUAAUACUAAUUCUCAGCAUUGGGGACUCACAAAGAGUUCAUCAUAUUCAUGCUGGAACUCAUAAGAGUUGAAUACCAAACAGUGCUGGCUCGCCUAUGAGCAUAGUAGCUAGACAGUUGAGGCAAUGAAGAAUACAGCCAUUUGGGACUUUCUAAGGGAGAAACAUCUGCACUUAGGGGCAUCAUACCUUUGUGUCAAUAAGACAUACAGGGGCAUCAUACCAUUGUGUUAAUAAAAUACAGCUUAACUCUCACACCAGAAGAAUUACUCAAGAGGAACAACUACUGUCCAGGUGCUCGAUGAUUAGCUAUGCCAUGGGAUUUUGGUGCUCAAAAAUGGGAUCGAUGAGUGCAUUCUGGACUGAAAUCUCAGUGCACUUUAUUACCCCCAUAUACCGAACAAAGUUGGUCUCAGAAUUUUGCUCGAACUCACAAGAGAUCUGCAGCAAACUAUGCAAACUCACUCAUGCGCACAACUGCUGGUAUAAAGAUUUC